GAAUCGCUGACAAGUUUUCUGAGAAGAGACCAUUUUGUACUUAGAGGAAGCAGUUGCUCUCUUGGAUAUUGUUGCACCAUAACUCAGAAAUAAAAAGCAAGACGGUUUAACAAAAGCCUGGGGCAUUUAUUAGGCAAGUGGAUUGUUGAAUUUACUGGAGGUAGCCACAGGCUGGAAAUCUAUGGCUCUCUCAUUAAUACUCCUGGCAUGAAAAUUCUGUAGCUGAUUAGGAAAGAAGAACAGAAAUGGAUUUACAAAACCUUCCCUAUCGCUCAAUGGUGAUUGCUUGGAGCCCAGAUGACCUGGCAGACUACUUCAAGAAACUAAAGUAUAAGGACUGCGAAAAGGUCAUCAGAAAACACAACAUAAAUGGACAAAGGUUUCUGAGCAUGUCUGAAAAUGAUAUUCAGAAAUUUCCCAAGCUGAGCAUGCCAAUUGUAAGUAAGUUAAGUCAAGAAAUCAACAGGAAUGAAGGAAGAAUGAGUUUCUUCCCAAAAAGGUCCCAGACGCAGAAGUUUGCUGACAAUACAGGAGGCUGUGACGAAGAGGAAGAAGGCUGGUCUUCAUUUGAAGAAGAUGAUUAUGAAAGCCCAGAUGACGAACAGGACAAUGAUGCUGACUAUGAAUCACCAACCGAUGAACCAGGACAUGAGAGUGAUGAUUAUGAACCUCCUCCGUCCAAUAAUGACACAGCCCCCCAUAAUGUCAUCUUUCCUGCCAAGUCAAUUCCAAGUAACACAGACUACAUAGAUAGACCCACAAAUGCUAGACCAUCUCCCCAGCCUCCUAUUCCACCUCAGCGACCUGGCCCAUCCCCAGGAGCAGCACCAUAUGCGGGCAGAGGCACUCCUAUGCCACCUUACCCUCCCCCGUCCAGCAAUAAUGACGUGAAUAGAGAUAAAAGUGCAAAACCUUUAAAACCCCCUGCGCCUUCUAUAGACAGACGCACAAAACCCCCACUGGAUCGUUCUGGGCCACCGUUUGAAAGAGACAGCCCGGGACCAGGAAAGAGGGCAGUGUUUCCUGAUAAGCCCAUGGCACCACAGUUAAGGUCUCUAGGAGAACAGUUAGCAAAGAUACAAAAGCCUCCCAUACCGUCAGCAGAUAAAUAUGAGAGAGGCAAUCCAGUCUCGGGAAGGAAGCCAUCACCUGCAAAGCCAGGCUGGGCACCUGAAAGAAGAUACGAUGAAGAAGAUGAGCCAACGUCCCAGAGAUCAAUACCACAGCAACCUUUGCCCCCCUUCAGCUCCAACACGUUCCCUGCAAGGUCUGGCAAGCCGCCUCCUAAACACAUUCCUUCGGGAUCCAAAAGUAUGCCUGGAUCUUACGCAGACAGUACGAACAACAUUUCUUCAAGUGGAUCACUACCACCACGCUUUCAGCAAGGUAACAUCAAUAGAGCUGCUUCAAAAGGCCCAGCGGAUGUCAGACCACCGUUACCAAUUCCUAACAGGCAGAUUGUGCAGCCACCAAGCAUGGAGGAAGAUGAGGACUCACUGAACACAGAGUGGUACGCUGCAGACAUCAGCCGGCAGGAAGCAGAAGCAUCUCUUAGGAAGAUAAAUAAGGAUGGGACGUUCUUGGUGAGAGACAGCUCCAGAAAAACGAACACACAUCCAUACGUACUGAUGGUAUUAUACAAAGAUAAAGUAUACAAUAUUCAGAUUCGUUACCAGGAGCAAAAUCAAGUAUACUUGUUAGGAACUGGCCUGAAAGGAAAAGAGGAUUUUUCUUCAGUGGCAGAAAUUAUUGCUUACUUUCAAAGAACACCCCUUCUGCUGAUUGAUGGAAAAGACCGAGGUUCAAGAAACCAAUGCAUGUUAACCUACGCUGCAGGAUAUAUGUAGAAGAAAACUCCAUGUCUGGGAUCAACAGUCCGCCAGAGCAUACAAACUUCAUGAUAUUUCCAUUUGCGUUCAAUGAACUGAAAUGAUGAAUUAAAAUUCCUUUUGGUUUUAAUGACAAAACGAAAAUUCUCUCAUUUGAAAGUGCGUUUUUCAAAAGAACAGUUUUGCAAAAUACUUCCUACAGCGUAUUUAUUACUCUCCAUUGUUCAAACCACUGCAUGAAAACUCUUCGUGUGAAUGAUGCCAUUCUCCAACAUGCCUCCCUCAUGUGAAAGGGUCGCCACGCAUGUGCAGGAUCACACGUGGUGGAUGUAGCAUCGAUUUACACUGCUUAGUCACAAAGCAAAACUAUGCAAACUACCGUUCAGGGCAAUUUGACGGUACCAAUUUCAUUAAGCUGCAAACGGAGGUUAAUAAAUGUCCGUGUAAUGCUUGUACAGUACAGUGAAACUGCUAAUGACUGUUAUUCCUAUUGAAAGAUUGUAUUGUUGACUUUGAUAUAUUUUAUGUACGUUGAUAUAAAAUUAGAAAAAUCUUGUGUAAAUUGAAUCAAUAAACAUGUCAUA